GUCGCCGCUGCUUGUCUGACCGGGGCCCGUUGCGGCCGUGCUGUAUAAGUGACCCCCCCGAAAAACAUUAUACUGUUAUGAUACAUAAGAGCACCAGAAGGGAUCUAGUCGGUGCUGAAAGGGGUAAAUAUUUAGGUUACGUUUGCACUCUUUAAAAAGUAAAUGAAUAAGUCGGCGCGAGAGAACAGCGGGCAAGCUAACGGCGGCGAUCAAACGUCAAAUUUCUGAACAGCAACAUCAAUCGCUGAAAGUCCAACACCAUGAAUUACGUGGGGCAGUUGGCAGGUCAGGUGCUUGUGACGAUGAGGGAGCUGUAUAAGGGCAUUAACCAAGCCACACUCUCUGGCUGCAUUGAUGUAGUGGUAGUCCGGCAGAAGGAUGGGACCUACCAGUGCUCCCCUUUCCACGUGCGAUUUGGCAAACUAGGUGUGCUACGCUCCAAAGAGAAAGUGAUUGACAUAGAGAUAAAUGGGGAGCCUAUGGAUCUUCACAUGAAGCUAGGAGAUAAUGGAGAAGCCUUCUUUGUGCAGGAAACGGAGGAGCAGAAUGAGAUUGUCCCAGCCCACCUGGCCACUUCACCCAUCCCCACUGAGAGUCACUUCUUCUGGAUUGGAGGUGAUCACAGGCCUAGUCCGAACCUGGAUGAUGAUCCACUGGAUCCUGAAGACCCUCCCGAGCCCCCUAUUUCCAGCACAGGGACAGGCAAGAAGAAGAAGAGACGGAGGAAGAAGCAUAAAGGGGACCCACGGCGAGAGGAACUGACCCCUCCAGUUGCUGUCAGCUCUACAGAUGACAUCUUUGAGAUGGAGCUGAGUUCAGAUGAGGAAGCUGCUUCGAACACCAGAUCAUCUUCGAUCAGUACAGUUCGAGACAUUGAACCCAAAUUACCAACAGUUCGUCAUUCUUUGGACAGCUACCCUUUCUCUGAUGGAGACUGGUCUCCCUCAGAUAGUCAUGCCAUAUCAGAGGCCUUCUCCCCCAAGAGUGACUCUGAACUGGUUGUUCGGCCCUCAGAGAGUUUGCUCAAAAUGGAGUCACACAUGCAGUGGACAUGGGGAGAGUUUCCGGAAUCUACAAGGGUUUCUAAGAAGGAGAAGAUGGAGCUGGCAAAGACCGUAACCAUAACGCCUUCAGAGAACACUCACUUUAGAGUCAUCCUGAGCUCAGAGGCUAUGGAAACAGAUGAAAGAGGGCCGGCCUUAGGAGCUACAAGCUGUACCAUAGUGAAGCCUGAACCCCGCACCCCCGUCACCCCCAAAACUCCCGCAGAGUCAGAGUUGGAGACAGUACUUUGUGGAGUAAUGACCUCCACUCCUUCAGACAGCCCUCCUGAUGCUCCUACUGCUUCCUCUGCUGCUCUAAUUGAAGACAUGGAGGAUGUUGGCCCCAAGACUGACUCGCCUUCAAAGAAGAAAGGCGUCCCAAAAAGGAGUCAGCACCAGGGUCCUGAAGACAUCUACUUGGAUGACCUGAAUGUGCUUGAGCCUGAUGUUGCUGCUCGCUAUUUUCCUAAAAGUGAUUCAGACCCCAGCUCCAAGCACUGGAUGGACACUGGGAUGCACUCAGGCUCUCAGUCCCCACAGUCUGUGGGCAGUGCUGCGGCUGACAGUGGCACUGAGUGCCUGUCUGACUCUGCCAGUGAUCUACCUGAUGUCACUCUUUCCCUGUGUGGAGGACUCGGAGAAAAUGGAGAGAUUUCCAAAGAAAAAUUUAUGGAGCAUAUCAUCACGUAUCAUGAAUUUGCAGAGAAUCCAGCAAUCAUAGACAAUCCAAAUUUGGUUGUGAAAAUAGGAAACAGGUAUUACAAUUGGACAUUGGCUGCCCCUUUAAUCUUAAGUUUGCAGGCAUUUCAGAAGAAUUUACCCAAGGCUACAGAGGAAGCUUGGGUGAAAGAGAGGAUGCCAAAGAAAUCAGGCCGCUGGUGGUUCUGGAGAAAGAGGGCGGACAGCACUAUAAAACCGUCAGAAAGCACUGGAAAGCUGGACAUAAAGCAAUCCCAAAUGGAGGAAGGCGGUUCCUCUUUGUCAAUGGAAAGCCAUGCCCGCAAUGUGGACACCAGGGAUACGUCCAGUGAUGAGGAGGGGAAGGAGUUGAGUGCUGCUGCAUCAUCAAUGGAGCGGAAGGUCCAGUCUGAGCCCCACAGCCACACCAUUACUCACUCUUACCGUAAAUCUCUUCGCCUGUCUUCUGACCAGAUUGCUAGUCUGAAAUUGAAGGAAGGACCCAAUGAUGUGACAUUCAGCAUUACAACACAGUACCAGGGCACAUGUCGCUGUGAAGGAACCAUCUACCUAUGGAACUGGGAUGACAAAGUCAUCAUCUCAGACAUUGAUGGAACUAUCACCAAAUCAGAUGUGUUUGGACAGAUUUUACCUCAGUUUGGGAAGGACUGGACACAUCAGGGCAUUGCUAAACUGUACCACUCUGUGGCUGAGAAUGGCUAUAAAUUCCUGUACUGCUCUGCCAGGGCAAUUGGCAUGGCAGACAUGACACGAGGGUAUCUGCAGUGGGUAAAUGACAGAGGCAGCAUCUUGCCACGUGGACCCCUCAUGCUCUCUCCUAGUAGCCUCUUCUCUGCAUUUCACAGGGAGGUGAUUGAGAAGAAGCCAGAAAUCUUCAAAAUUGAAUGCCUUACUGACAUCAAGAACCUAUUCCUCCCCAACAAACAUCCCUUUUAUGCUGCAUUUGGAAACCGAACUAAUGACGUCUUUGCCUAUAAGGAGGUUGGAGUGCCACUCUGCAGAAUCUUUACAGUCAACCCUAAAGGAGAGCUCAUACAGGAGCAAACCAAGGGCAACAAGUCCUCGUACAGCAGAUUGAGUGAGCUGGUUGAUCAUGUCUUUCCCUUGCUAAACAAAGAACAAAGUUCAGCUUUCAGCUUCCCCGAAUUCAGUACCUUCUGUUUCUGGCGUCAGCCCAUCCCUGAAAUCCGUCCCGAGGACCUGCUCUUAUAGACCUUCGCUGAAGACCCAUGUUCAUUUGCUCAUCCCUGCCAUCAAUACCACUUAGCUGAUAUAAAGUGAAAUAAAGGUGGUGCUCUAUCCCACCUGGGACAUAUGAACUGCUCCUACUAGAUUACUUGUUUCCUUCUGAACAAGCUUUAGAGAGAACAACAGAAUAGUUGAACUGCAACUUAGCAUGCCAGCACACAUGGAGGUGUAGGUAGAACUUUCACAAAAAAAAAGUGCUUUGUGCUGCCUGUGUGCUCUUUAACAAAAUCGAAUAUUUCUAAUUUGUAUCAUUUUCAGUGAUUUAGCUGCUAAGUGUUGAGCUGCUACAGCUCUGAAGGAAUUUAUUGCUGAUGGGUGUGUAAAAUAUUGGGCUAAUGUUUACAGUAUUUGAUGACUCCGAGAUGAUAAGUGUUUGGGUAUGUGUAAGGUAAUUAAUGAAGAUAUUAUUUACAACCACUCAUUUAUGUUUUUAAAGCUUUGAUUAUUUAUAUACAAAGGCAUUUGUUCGAAUUAACAAAUUAACGUGCACUGUCUCUAAGAUGUGUUUUAAGAUGUAAGGUAUGCCAGUUGUAAUAUGCAUUGCCAGAUGGUGGGAAAUGAACUCCAAAUCUCAUAGAUACUGGUAAGUAUGCACUGAAUAAGCCGUACAACUUGAGGGCACUGCUCAUCAUUUGCAGUUCAUCAGUUUAAAUGUACUAUGCAUCGUACAACUGACUAGAUUCCUAUGAGAAGUAAACUGAGGAAUCCAUCGUGAUUGGGGUUUCUCGAAUUGUUUCCCAGCUGGUGACAUUUUCGCUGUCUGGUUGCUGCAAAAUGCCUUACCGUUCGCACUUUCAACUGCAACCAAAAGAGUAGAAAAUAAUAGAUCGUCUUGCACUUAACUUGUGAUGGAAAUGCAAUAUAGUUUGAAGCUUUUCAGCAGUUUUUGUACACAACGUAAGCAUUUAAGUGCUUUUAGAUCCUUGAACUAAAGCUCAGCAAGUAAUCUGUGUUAUGAAGAAAGUUGUAUAUAUUUGCUUUCAUUAUGAAGGUACUGACAGUGUAUUAUAUCUUUUUAAUGUAGGUUGUGGCCUGUGUGAGAGUAGAAUUAUGAAAUGUUUUUUGGCAUUUUAAGGCCUUUUAGGUUUUUUCCUUUUUCUUCUUCUACCUACCAGGUCAGUGCAUGAUUUGUUUGAAUAUGAAUAAGAUGUUUUACGUAUUGACGCCUUCUGCUUAGGUAGACAGUCAAAGGGUUGUCCCCUACAUUUUCAUUUUUAGUAAACACUUUAGAGCAUCUGCAACUAAUAGUUAUUUUAUUAUUACAAAAUACUGAAGCUGAUGUGCAAGCGAAGGAAGAGCGUGAUCGUCAAUUUGUAAUAGUUUACUGAAGUAAUGUGCUCUCUUUUUCAGUAGCUGGUCAUUAAGGUCUUGGCCCUUUCAGUCACACAUUUGGACUUUGGCCAAGUUCCUUUUUAAAGGGAUAGAUCACCCCAAAAUUUCUUUUUUUUUUUUUUUUUGUAUUGUUUUUUCUAUUAUUAAUAAUCCUCAGCAGAAAGUCAGAUGUGUUUGGAACAACAUGAGGGUGAGUAAAAGAUGAUGGAAUAACAUUUUUAGGUGCGCUAUCCCUUUAAGAUCAUUUAAUGU